CCCGAGGGUUAGGUUGGGUUGGCUAAGGCGUUCGUGAUUUAGCUUAAACUAACAUUUUGCCUUAGAAUGAUAGUCCGCUGCAUUUUUCUAAGUUUUUCUUGGGCAUAGCGUAUCUUUUGAUAUAAAUCUUUGGACACACCGUUCUCCACGAUGGUCGAGAAGCUUGUGUCGUAAAUACUACAAAAAUUGUAAAAGUUUCUUGUGUUUUACAAAAUGGGAAAUACGAAAAGCAAGAUAUCGUUCCCAUCGAACGAAACAAUGCGCAAACUAACUACUACAGUAGUGAGAUUCAGAGAAGCAUCGACUGGCGGAGUGGCAACCACACAGGCAUCGACUGGCGGACAACCCUUGAUUCAGCUACUGGGCAAAUCCACUCAACCCGAUACUGAAGACGACGAUCAAGCUGGACCAUCGGCUGCCAAGCGUCAGAAGACCAAUGAAGAGAAUACAGAGAAGCUGUCCUACCCUUUCUGCAGCGUGUGUCGAAAGAAGUUCACCGAUGGUUGCGCCAUGGCCCCAGCAUGUAGCCAUAUCCUUUGCGAGCCGUGCCUAUCGUGGUUGACGGCGACCAUUCAAAGCCCCCGCUGCCCCACAUGCAAUCGGGAGCUGCGCAAAGCAUUUCGGCGCCUUUAUUUCGCCUGAGAUGUGGACAAACUGCGACAGAAAACGAAAAGCGACCUAAAUAUAUCAAGGGGAAACUGAAUCUUCUUCAAUUAAAAGGGAACGCCAUUA